GAGAGAGAGAGAGAGAGAGAGAGAGAGAGAGAGAGGAGGAGGAGGAACUGUUGCUGCGCAUUAAGCAUUGAACUGUGCUCGACUCAACACACUUCUCUGCACACACACUCGGUGGAGGAGAAGGAGAGAGAGAGCAAAGAAGAGAGCAAGAAAGCGACAGAGCGAGAGAGAGAGAGAGAGAGAGGAGAGAGAGAGAGCGCAGGAUUAAAGAGAAGAAAAGAGUGGUAUGGCUCAGGGUUCAGACAGUAAUGAUACCGGCUACACCAAAUCUCCAUCACCAGGACACAAACAGGGAUCAACAGACGACAUGAGGAAAGUGAUGAGGAGGGAGAAGAAUCGCAUCGCGGCUCAGAAGAGCAGGAUGAGACAAACGCAGAAAGCAGACAGUCUGCACCUGGAGAGUGAGAAUCUGGAGAAGGAGAACGCCGCUCUGAGGAAGGAAGUGAAGAGACUGACGGAGGAAGUGAAGUAUCUGUCCACGGUGCUGAGUAACCAUGAGCCGCUGUGUCCCGGCCUGAGCACCACGCCCGCCGAACUGCUGUACGGCUCACACACACACUCACACACACACACACCCUUCCACCAGCACAUCAACACGCCGCACUACCCGCACUGACGCCCCCCCAGCACACACACACACACACACACACACUCACACACAUGCACACACACACACUCACACACACUGAUGACCUUUGGCCUUGUGUACCUCGUUGUAUCAUGUUGAGAGAGUUCCCUGUGUAGUUCAUUCUGACCAGCAGGGCGGCGCUAUGAUCCAAUCCAUUCACUUACUUACAGGCUGAAUCCCAAACGUCUCCUGAUUGGAUAUUUUAAGCAAGAUGGGAAGAUUAUUUAUACCCUACCUAGGGUGUAUGGAGGGAAUUAAACUUGCAAGCCAUUUGGGAUUCAUCCUUAGUAAAUAACGUGUCUUCAAUUAAUUUUGAAUUGUUUAAUUGAUUUUAUUAGGGACGAGAUAAACGAUGGAUAUGCGUUGUGAAAAAUAUAGUGCACUACAAAGGGUGCUAGAGUUGUUAUCCUAUAUAGUGCACUUAAUAGAUAGCUUAAGAGUUAAAAGUAUCACCACACUGACCAGCAGGGCGGCGCUAAACUUACUAAACUUACACGUGUAAUGUGUGGUCAUAAAAGUCUGAAUCCCUAAUGACUCAUCAGUGGAAGUGUCAUGUUACACCCUAUGUAGUGCACUUAUAUAGCGAGUAAGGGUCCACAUAGGGGACAUGUAGUGUACAUGAAUCCUCAAUCCAAAAUGGCUCCCUAAAAGACAUGUAGUGCACUAGAUAGGGUGUAGGAACCAUAUAGAGAGAAAUGAACUGAAUCCUGGGUUUAGUAGUGCACUAGUUAGAGAAAAUACAAAUCUGAAUCCUAAAUCAUUCCUCUAUUGGAUAUGUAGUGCACUAGAUAGUGUGUAGGUGUCAUUCAUUUAUGCACUAUGUAGUUCACUUAGUGGAAGUGAUUAGGGAACCAAAUCCUUGAUUGUGUCUUACUGGAAUGUAGAAAUGUGGCUCCUACGCCCUAGUUAGUGCACUUACUGUGUAGUGGAUAUUAAUGGCUGAGUCCCUAAAGGACAUGUAGUGCACUGAUGAAGGGAAGAAGGAUGAUUUGGGACACAGCCAUGAUUAUUAGAGUAAUCUGGUUAUUACAGUAAUAAUCAUGUAGAAACACUGGGUUAUCCACAAGGUGACUUCUGCUCUUAAAAACAAAACAAAUAAAUUGUUAAACUAGAUAGGAACUGAAUGUUUUAUGCGAACCUUUUCUUUGAUUAUUCUUUUUUUUUUAAUUUUCAAUGACGAACUGAAUGUUUACUGUGUUUACUUCUGUCUGGAUCGCACUGAUUUUCUGUCACACGUCUCACUCCAGUCUUUUUCAAUAAAAUGCUGUAAAAGUGUCUCAUGUGUGCUGAGGAGGUCAGCGUGUGGUUUAAUAAAGUGUAAUCCUCAGUGGAGGAAAUCUUUCAAUAAAAAAAUAAAUUAUA